UCACCGCCGACGCGCGUCCGAACCCGACGGGCCCUCCGCGUCGAUGAUGAGCGGCUGCACGGCGCGCGCGUCGCCGGCGCUCUCCUCGCGCGCGCGCGUCGCGCGUCGACCUCGAAUCGCGACGACGAAAUCGCGCGUCGUCCCGAGCAGACGCGGCGAUUCGACAUCGUCCACCAGGGAUCCCUCCGGGCGCGUCGUCGUCCCCGCCGCGCUGUUCGGCAAGAAAGAAUCCCCGCCGUCGACGCCGAAAGAAUCCGCGCCGGACGUCACCGUCCCGAUCGACGAGCUCACGGAGACGUGCCGUCGCGCGAUCAAGACGUACGGAUACGACGACGACGAGACGCGGAUCCUUCUCGACGUCAUGCUCUACGCGCAACUUCGCGGGAACAACCAGGGGAUCAUAAAAGUCACGACGAAAGGCAUCGCGCGCGACCCGAGCGCGACACCGGCGACGAUAACGCACGAGACCAAGCUCAGCGCGGCGUACGACGGCGGGAAAAACGCGGGCAUGGUCGUGUUACACCGCGCGAUGGAGAACGCGAUCGACAAGGCGAAAGCGCACGGCGUCGGCGUGUGCGGCACCUGCAACACGUUCACGUCCACGGGCGCGCUGGGGUACUACGCGGAGAAGGUGGCGAAUGAGGGGCUCAUCGCGCUCGUGCUCGCGGUGAGCCCGGAGUUUGUCGCGCCCGCGGGCGCGAUCGAGCCGAUAUUCGGGACGAAUCCGAUCGGCGUCGGGAUACCGACGGCGACGGGGCCCGUAGUCCUGGACAUGGCCACCUCCGCGUACUCGUUCUUCGGUCUGCUCGAGGCGCGCACCGCGGGGAAGAAGAUCCCGCUCGGGGUGGCGAUCGACGGGAGCGGGAGCUUGACCGAGGAUCCAAACGCGGUCAUCGACGGCGGCGCGAUCAAGACGUUCGACGGCGGGUACAAGAGCUCGAACUUGGCGCUGAUCGUCGAGCUUCUCGCGGGGCCGCUCGUGGGCGCCGCGGUGACGUCCAAGAUGUCGGAGAAAAACUGGGGGAACUUGGUCGUCGCGAUCGACCCCGCGCUCUUGGGGCAGGACGAGUUCGAGAAGCGCGCGGCGAUCGUGACGCGGCGCGUGAAGGACGCGAAGAAGGCGCCGGGGACGGAGGAGAUUUUUCUUCCGGGCGAACGC